AUGGAUAUAAAACUGCUUCUUUUCUCAGAAAUAGUAGAUAUUGAAACCGGAGCAGCAGAAAUACGAAGGCUGUCGGUGCCCCGCUGGGUGGAAAAUGGAACAGAACACCCUGUAGUACUUGAUUGCGAUUACAUCUACAAUGAAAACGAUUUGAGACUCGUAGUGAAAUGGUUUUUCCAAGACAAUUCCGAACCAGUGUAUCAAUGGAUUCCCGCCCUAAACCUCAAACAUACAUCUGGCUUUUUAAGGAAUCACCUGGAUUUGAAUUUCGCUGUGAAUACCAUUGAUCCGUAUUGUAAAUACAGAGCUCUGAGGAUUGUGGAACCCUCCAUCGAACUAAGUGGAAAAUAUACAUGUGUUGUGACGUCACUAGCCGGCCAGGAUUCAAAAGAACAAAUAAUGACUGUGUUUGGCCCAAGAAUAUCUGAAGAGAUGCGUACGGUGACGUCACCUGGAAAUGAAAAGCAGCUAUCUGUUUACUUGCGCAUGCUUGCCUGCGAUUGCGUCAUUCAAAAUAUUGCCUUCUCCGGUACGUGCACCGUGAGCUCACAUGUACCAAAAGAAGCUAAUAUACACAGUCCAGUCACAUUAAUGUGA